GGUACGGCACUGUACACUAGUCUACAGAGCCCGCAUUGAAGGCAGUUCUCGUCUCACGAUGGGACGAAGUCGUGGUUUUUCCAACGUAUUAGUGCGAUUCGCGAUUUUUGUGAAACACAAUCGCGAAUUUUCCAAUGUUUCACUGAUGUGAAUCCACGGCGAAUGCGGCGUCCAUAGGAAGAGGAGAACUUCUCGAAGGAUAGAAGCGGUUUCACUGUGAUACUGGGCGGUGUCAGGUUAGGUUUCGAGGCAAGGAGGAAGUAAAAAGCACAAAACUGGCGUCGCUGACGGGUUGCGUCUCGACGAUGGUCGACGACGAGGAACAGGAGGAGCUGAGGUGCACAGGUAGCGACGUCGAGAUCGAGGAAUACACCGACACCGAGGAAUCGCCAUAUGUCACUUAUCAGGCCACCGAUAAGCUGUUCGAUACGGACCGAGCUGGCUGGCAAAAGUUCAGCUUCAUCGCCACCCUUCUGAUCGUUGUCCUCUCCGUCACUUUUUUGAUUAUCGCCUAUCCUCUUUAUCUGAACAGUAUCAGCACCGUAUCAAAUGCUUAUACAGGUCUACUUUUUACUGCCCUGAGCUCCACCUGUCUCCUUGGAAUCAUAUGGUUUAUCAUUGAGAAGGUAUCACCACCGCCUGCGUUGAUUCCAAACAGCAUGAAAAUCAAGAUACCUCGUUGUGCCCUGGUGAAGAUAAGCCUGAUCUAUGCUUUCUCUGGCAUUGUCACCACCCUUGCUCUUGAUCAAAACCGAGUCCUCUGUCACUUGCAAGACCCAAUCAAAGGCAUCACCCUGGUCUUCUCUCUGGUUUACUAUUUCUUCUUCUGUCGCAAAAUGAUGAGCUUGCAACGAAUCUUCUCGAGCACCACCAUAAUAGUCGGCUUGUUCAUAAGCGUUGAUUACGGUCUUUGCGACGAGUUUCGAUGCAGAGGAAGGGAAGUUUCACCUCACGCCGCUUCUAUAAGGGAGUCCUGGGGUGCAAGGGCUGUUUGGACGUUCGUCUAUGUCGGCGCGCUCGCCGCUUUUGCCAUGUUCUUCACGCUGCUCGAGGGUCAUUACACCACAGAGCAACAAAAUAUGUGCCAUGUGAUGGCGAAUCAACAGAAUUCAUUCCUAUACACGGUGUCGCGUUUGGUGUCGUCCCGGGACAUUCGGAGACGCGGAUCCGAGGAAGAAGGCGGUAGAUUGCUUCACGUGACGGAUCCUGAUCCCACCGUUAAACCCAAACACUUUCCAAAGCCUCCGAUUCUUGAAACUCUCUUCUACAUACACCUAAUAGCAUUUUUUGCUAUUCUCACCAUGAGCUGGGUGGAUACUUUACCAGGGAUAGGCAGGGGAUAUUCACCAGUGGAACUAUACCGUACUGUUGAACACGGUUUAACUUGUCAUUUUAAAAACACAGAAUCCUGCUCAAACGUUUCUAUUCACGGAUGGACCUUCCUGAUAGCGUACACAGUCUUCUCAAUUUCUGUAUUAAACUUUCUGUCCAUGUGCGAAAGUGCUGUAUUCACCGUCGCCGCCGCUACCGUUUCUCUUCCUCUGUCCGGGAUUUGGUGGAGCAUUUAUAAAAUGGACAUCGGUGUACACGGUGGUUCUAUCUCGUGGUCACCGGGGGUCACUGGAGAACUGAUCUGCGCGCUUCUUGGACUUCCCGUGGUUCUUCUAGGCCUGGGAUUACUGGUCCGAUCACACUUCAGGGACACUCAACCCUCGUACUUGACGAUGCAACCGCCAGAGGUGCAAUGCGAACAUUCCCAGAGAUGAACUUCCUCCCUCGAACCCUCUUCAACCUUCCCUGAAGAAAUCUAACUUCCUCCGAAGAAUUCGUUUAAUUAAUUAAGCCCUGGAGCAUAAAAAUAUCGUAUACUUUGAAAGCAGAAAUGAUUUUAAAAACCAGACUGACAGAUAUCCUGAUCAAUUCUCAAUCUCAGGAUUUUUCAGUUAAAGAAUGACUAAUGAAAACAUUAUCUGGAACACCGUCACAGCAAUUCCUGUAGCAGAUGUUACGGACAUUUAGAACAGUCGUUUGGCUCCAUUGAAUUGAUUGAACGAAUUUUUUCAAAGUUUCUUCUCCGAACGUAGGAGGGAAAAACUUUUCUGUACGGUUGUGAUAGGGGCGCAGGGUUGGGGGAAAAGCGAUAAUAUUGAUUAUCUCGUGCACACGAAACCCGAAUAAAAAGAACGGAGAAGGAAGGAGAAAAGCGAUCAAUGUUUCCUAUGUAUUGCUAGCGCGAACAUCCGUCUAGCCACACAACGUUAUUGCCAAUUUAUAUUUUAUUUUGAUAACGAAAUAUUUCAUAUUUUCGAGAGAACGUUCUAAUUACACGUGUUAUUACUUGUACAAGAAGGUAUGCGUGUGUUUAUGAAUGGAUGAGCGUAAAAAAGAGUUACAGAAAAUAUUUUAUAAAGUCAAACUGGUAUGCACUGUUCGAACGAUGGUUACAUGAUAAAAUCAGUGUGCCCGAAUUGAUACGGUGUGAACAUUCGGGUAACCAUAAAUAAUAAUUUACUUAUCGUAUACAAACGUCUGAAUACAUACUUCAGUCUCUGUGGUUUGCAUUCACAGACUGAUGAGGGAUAACAGAGAAAGAGAAAUUUCAAUUUUAAACAUUCCUAUGACGCUCAUUUUAUUCUAUGAAAUUUCCAUUCUUUCCUGACUCUGUGAUGUUUGAUUCAAAGAAACAAAUGGGUGCAAUGCAUUUGCCAAAAGUGAAGGGUUAAAUGCCCUGUGGUAGAGUUUUCAGUAUUAUUAGACAAAUCGAAUGCGUACGUAUGUGAAAGCACAACUUUUAUGUCAGAAACUUAGACCACGUGUUCAGAUUACAGUAAAACCUCCAUAAGUCGUCACUCAAGGGACUUAAACGGGUUAAAAAGAAAAAAAAAAUACUGAUCGAAUUGAGUAUCGAACGAUGUAAAUUUUGAAAUGACGACUUAGAGGUUUUACUGUAGUUGAAACGAAUAGAAAGAAACUUGUUUCGGACGAGUCCCUCUUAGGACAGGAUUUUUUAACUAGAGACAACAGUGAUUCUCUUUUAUACUCGUUCGAGUUUAGUUUUAUUCGUAGACAAUCCUAUCGACGUACUUAAUUUUAAUUUCAUAUGUAUUUAUUGUAAGUUAAAAAUUAGCUCUAUACUGUCUGCACUCAAGUAUUAUAACAAUAGGUGUAGGGAGUGUUUCUAAAACAAUAGUAUCAAGCACAAUUUUUAUCAUUGUAAGGAUAAGAAACUCAUCCUUGCAUUCAAGUACUUUUAUUAUUUUCAACAAGGUACAGAGAAUUAUAUCAAGCACAAUUUUUAUCAUUGUAAGGAUAAGAAACUUUUAUUAUUUUCAACAAGGUGUAGAGACUUCUCUGAGGCACUUUAAUUAAAGUGUCUCAAGAACUUGUUCUUAGUCAAGUAUUUUAGAAACACUUUUAAAGAACAAGCUGCGUGUACUUAAUUAUAACAAAGUCCUGUGACUCUUGUUUUUAUCUGUACUUUAGGACACUGAGUUUUAGGAAUAGUAGAUGAAUAUUUGUUUUCCAUUUCUGACUAUUCCUGCUCCUCCUUCUCCCCGGACUAACGCAAAGUCCCAAAGGAAAAAAAAGAAAGAAAAAGAUGAAAACUGCGUGAAAUCAAAAAGAGGAAAAAAUUUGUUCGAAAGUGGCUGAGAAAUGCAAAUUCGUGCCAAAUCAUCGAGUCUUCUCUAUUAUGCGACUCGUUACGUAGGUGUUAAGCGUAUUUGAACCCGUAUUAAACUAGCGAGUACGAGUAUCCGUGAACCGUAAUUAAGUAUCGUUGUUCCGCGUACGAAGUAGUUUGUUAUUGGCAGCUGUCGCGAGAUGCUAGAAACGUAAGAAAGAUGAAUAUUUGUUGUUGGAAGAAAAUACGUCAAUCAUAUUCUAUCGCAGAAGCUAUAUAUACGUCCACGACUUUUUUACACCGGUAAUAAGCGUUCCAACUAUAGUUGUAUCAAGAUCUGAGGAAAAAUGAACUUGAAUUGAAGAUUUGUCGAUCGGUGAAAAUGAGCAUUUUUUAUGCGUCCGAUACAUGCGUGCAGUAGCCCGACUACUUCGGCUUCGCUCGGGUACAGUCGGGCUGAUUCGGACGAGUUCCCGCGGGCCGCGACAUGGAAUGAAAUUCAUUUCAAAUAAAUUCGUUACAAGUAUUAUUUUUCCAGAUAAAAAUUAUGGAACAUAUUGAAGCUCUAAUUAUUAAAAAUGGGAAUAGUUAAUUUUCGAAUUUCAAAUUUCAAGCUUUCUAUUUACUAUUGUACAAUAGUAAUAUUAUUUAAAAUAUUUUUCUAUUGUUUUCUUUUAAUUAUUUAGUUACGUGUAAUUUGCAGCGUCGGUCAUCGAUAACCCCCAUGGCAUUCAACGUGGUAAAAAAACUCUGAAACUAUAAUUCAGGUGUUCAUAUAUUAUUUAUUUAUUGUUCGUUGAAAUUAUUAUCAAGAAUUUAUUCGGUUCUUCAUAAGGUCAAGUUCAUUCUUCCUUCGAGUCUAUUAUAGCAGUUACAAUAAUAACGAAGAAACGAGAGAAACAAUAACGAACGUACUACUACUAUAUUAUUACACUAUAGUCGCAGUAUUUAAUCGUAUAUAUGUAUACGUAUAUAUACAAUGCAUAUGUUGUUACGAGAGAUUAUUAUACAAGGCGAGAAGAGAAGUUUCAAUUUGUAGCUUUCUUAUAACCGACCACAGUGGUAAAUUGAGUUACUUCGAAGUGUUGUUAUACGACGAAGAAAAUGAUUCUAAUUAGGAACGUGCGGCCCGACUAGUCGGGUCGGUUCGGGAAACAUCGGGCGGGCUCGGGCGGGCCUCCGAUGCAUGCGUGCAGUCGGGUAGAAUCGGGCUGAUUCGGACGAGCUACCGCGGGCCGCGACAUGGAAUGAAAUUCAUUUCAAAUAAAUUCGUCACAAGUAUUAUUUUUCCACUUAAAAAUUAUCGUAUUCCAAAAUUCCAUAUAAAACAGAUUUUGCACAUGCUUAUUGCAAGUAUUAAUAAAUAUAUGAGAGUCGGGUCGCGGCCCGACCGAAGCCGAAUCGGACGCCCGCCCGAGCCCGUAAUAUCGGGUACCCGCACAUCCCUAAUUCUAAUGCUUUUAACACGUUGAACGCCAUGACACCAGUGACCCCUGAAUAAUUAAAAGAAAACAAUAGAAAACCAUGAUUUCAAGUAAUAAUGUGAAAUGGCAAAUCGAAAGCUUGAAAUUUGAAAGUUCAAAAUUAAUUAUUACUAUUCUUAGUAAUUAGAGUUUUAAUACGUCCCACAAAAAAUGCCCCAUUUCACUGUGGCGUUCCACGUGUUAACAAAAAACAGUGAAGAAGCUCGUUACUCUAAAAACAAUAGAAUCAUUUUCGUUGUGGAUUCGCACAAUAACUCGUUGUUUUUAUUGUACAUCAACCAAAGGUCGUCAACCCUUUCAGAUCUUCUUCUGAUUGUUCCAUAAAAUGUUGUUCAAUUGUGCUUGUUGUUAUUGCCAAAGGUUGCAUAAAAGGAUCCAGAAUGUAUUCUUGUACACAUUUCCCACUUACUCGCCUCUGAUAGUGAUUUAUUUUUUUAAAACAAACGAUACACGAUCUGUAAAGGGGUUGACUGAUUAAAACAGAACUGGCCAGAUGAUCAAACAAAAAGCAGAAAUGAUUUUCUCUUGCAAUAAUGUUAUCCACUUAUCUGGUUGGUUGCAAUUGAAUAUUUUUGUAAAAGGAUUGUAGUGCGAUUUCACACCGACCGAGUAAUCAGAAAUCAGCAUGCGACAUGCUAAUUAACCGUGAAUGCGUGUUUCGCAUCUCUUUCAGAUAGACGCUUUAUAAAAACAAACUGUUUACCAGCGAUCAGCAGUGCCGUAUAUAUUUAUACUGGGUAUCUUUCCCAUGGACAUGUCGUUAACUAUGAUAUACUCCAAGUGUAGUUAUUAUAUUAGUAGCCACGUUAACUUUCUGCAUGCCAAAAUAAUUGUAACUUGUUUUUAAACAUUCCCAAUUGUCUUAAUUUAUGCCAUAAUUGUAAGAUUAUUAUUAUUGUGUAUCCUAGUUUUUCAAAGAACUUUUUGGCAUUCAGAAAGUUAGAGAAGAAUUUUGAUGACAAAAGGUGAAGAAUAGUAGCAGAAUAAUUAUGAAGAGGAGAACUGCGUUAUCAUUAUUUAAUGUUUCUUUAAAGCUUUCUGUACACCUUAUCAUUUUUCAUUGAAUAUUACAUCUCUCCUCGUUAAAGCAACAAAGGGAAAAUGUCAUCACAGUACUCCGUAGCAUUAAAAGAGCAAUUUGAUAAAAUUCUAACAUAUUAAUGUCCACGUAAAUGUAAGAAUUAUGAGCCAGUCAGUAAUGAAAGAAUAAUACCUCAGUGGAGAAAUAAUAUAAAAGGAAAAACGCAUUGCCAUCGCAGGUAUAUUUGGAUUCAUAAUUACGCUCAAUAUAUUCACUAUAUUCAACAAUUAUGUACCAGAUUGUAAAUGUGUUAAUACAUACAUACAUAUAUAUAUA